AUGAAGCGCAGUGGCACUACUUCCAGAAAAGUGAUGUGUCCCAGAAUUCUAAAAACCCUAGGACUGUUAUCUUUUAUGGAUACCUCUACUGCUCUCAACGACAGACCCAUUAUUGGUAAAAAAAUAAAAACACCAAAAUUAGUGGUUAAACAAAAAAGAGUGGUUACCUGGUACGCUAUAUAAACUGUCAAAAAAAGAUAAUAUUUACAACUAUAUAACCAUUUUUUUCCCCAAGGAACAAUGUGUAAGCCUUUAAAUUUCUUUUAUACAAUUAUACAUUUUUUUAAUUUUAAAUCACCAUUGCUUCAUUGAUUUUUGUUUUGCAUGUCACCUUCUGCAAAAACUAAAUACACUAAUGUGAUCCAAUAUGGGGUCAUCCAUAAGUGAUAAACUUGCCGAUUUUUGAUGUCAUGCAUAAGUGAUAAACCUGCCGAUUUUUGACCCCCCCAUCCUGACAAAGAGCUAGCCCCCCCCCCUCCCCCAAAUAUAACGGCACAAAUUUCUGCAUUCCCUCCCCCCUCCCCCUAUAAAAAUUCCCUGUGUCCACUACUGUCCUUUACAAACCCUUAAGAAUUUCACCUCCCAUGGAUAUCAAAUUACUGCACCUGUGUCUGAAACAUUUCACUAGAACAGUGGUUCUUAACCAGGGGUAAUAGUACCUCCCCAGGCAUAAGGUGCAGAAAACCAGAAAAUUGUAUUUGCUGCCUUUGCUAUUUGUUGAUACUUUUUUUUUUUCUUUUUAAAAUCAGUUUUAUGCAUUUUGAUUAGCAGUAGUGAAUGUUUUUCUGGUGAAUUUUUUUUGCACAUUACUUGUAUUGGUAAUUUUUUACUUGUUUAUAAAAAUUUAAUUAAAGAAAUCAAACUACGUUAACUAAAUUAUUUAAUUAUUUUCAUAUUUUACUUCUACCGCCUUUUUCCAUUUACUAAUGGUAUCCCUCUGCUGAAAGGAUCCCGGCCCUGUUUGAAUCCUGAUCCCAGUGUAAUUCCAUUUCAUGGAGGGAUCCCGAUAUGAUCCCAACACCGGUGGAUCCCGUUUCCUGGUGGGAUCCGGUUUCCAGAUGGGUUCCCGAUCCCUUUGGGAUACUGAUCCUGUUAGCACCCCAAUACCAUUCUCUGUGAGAUCCCGUUUGCCGAUGGGAUCUUGUUUCCGAAUUUUAUCCCAUUACCCGAUGGGGUCGCGUUACUGGUGGGUUCCACUUUACUGUUUGAUCUCAUCCCUUUUUAGGAUCCUGUUCCUCUGUGGGAUCAUGUUCCUAGUGGGAUUUGAUUCCUGGUAGGGUUAUGAAGGGUAUGAUUGGCAAAAAUCCCCAUAAAAGUAUUGGAAUGAAUAGAACUAAACUAACUGUUCAAAAAGCUGUUAGAUCCAAUUAUAUAUUCAGUAGAGCAAAAAUAGAACUUCUGGAACAUUCUAUUUCUAUUAUAAUUUAAUAUCCUGCUCGAAACACGUAAAAAAUUAUUUUUCGAAGUAAUUAUUUUUCGAAUAAGAACUUAAUGCACCCUUAUAAAUAUAGUACAUUUAAUUUGAAAGAGGGGCCCUGGUGGGGACCCAUUCCAUAAGUGUACUGCUUUAACUAUGCCUGAGAUAGGAGACCAUAUAAAAAUCAGUCGGAUAAAUAAUAAAGUUAAAAUAUGAAAGUUAUCCCAUUAAAAUUGGCUUUAAAAUGCCAAGAUCCAUCAAUCCAUGUAAAAGCCUUUGUGGAACAAACACAUGAACAAAGUUUCACUUUUUUAUUAUUACAAUAUAAUUAAUACGAUUGGGGGGGGUUGAUUAAAACAGAGUGGGCUGCAGCGCUGUCAAAAGGCUAAGAAUCCCUGCUCUAGAGCAUUUACUAAGAUCAACCCCCCCCCCCCCCCCCCCUCAACCUUUUUUUUUUUUUUUUUUGUUCGUUCCAUCCCAUUUCACAUGGUAGUCCUAGGUCUAUGACUCCCGUUAUCCACAUUUUGACAUGAAUUCUCUCGGAUUGUCAAUGUCACUACACCCAUUUUCUCCUCCUCAGUGUUGUCCUUUAACUUGAUCAGAGGCCCUUUUUUGGCCCGCACAUACCUGUACUAAUUUUCUGUGAUCGUAGUUGAAAAAUAAAAUAAUUUUAAUUGUUUUAUAAAUGAAUAAUGUUUAAAAUUUCUGUAGUUUACAUGGUUAUUAAGUGCAUUUCUUAGCUAUAAUAUUUCGCUUUUCAUGUGACUUCACAUUACUUAAGGACCCCCCCCAUCACCUCGUCACACAUCGUCACAAAAAAUGUCCCCCCACCCUCCCCCUGUUGCAUGAUUUCAUUUAUGGAUGGCCCCAUACUGGUAAAUGGAGUAUAGAUAAUGUACAUUUUAAAGAUAUUUAUCCCAAUUUUAAGCAUCGUAAAUUUCCAUUGAAGGUAUUCUUACCGUACCAUCAAAAACAUUCGAGUAUGGACAAGAAUUCAUUCAGACAUCUUAUGUUUCAUUUCUGGAAAUGGCUGGUGCUCGAGUGGUUCCAGUAAGGUAAGAUCUUAUUAAUUUUGAUUUAAAUAAAUUGUACAUUUUCUUUUUACAUCACAUUGUUCUGUUAAUCUGUCUCUUAUUAAUGUGAUUAUGAAGUCACUGGUUAAUGAUAAACUUUGCAGAGGCUUUGUUCCCAUCUUUUAACACAGUCAAAAGUUAAACAAAAACAUUUACUAUUUAAUGAACCUUUCCACUAUUCUCACCAUUUGGACUAAUAGAACUUAAAAUAAUUUAAACUACGCAAAAUUCCAUAAUUAUCCGCUCCUCUAGAACUAUUCAGUUUCAUUUCUUUUAAUGCUCAUAUAAUACUUGUUAAAUAAUAAUUUGAGCAAGAAAUUAAAGGGGAUGAAAUAAUAAUUCAUUUUAAAUUGCAUUAACGAAUGCAAAAUUAUUAAUUUUCAAAAUAAAUAUUAGUUUAUUUGUUUUCAAGACUUUACUGUCUGUUCCACUGUUUGUUAUUAUUAACAUAACUCUUGUUAGAUACAAGAUUUUAUUUAUAUAACUCUAGAUCCGAAGAUUUUUCUGUUUUUUUAAAAGACUUUCUUUCUACUCACAUUUCCAUGUUGUGCAGUGCAAUUUUUUGUUUACACACAUGACAUUUUAAGAUGGAGUCUUUCUCAUGCAGUAUUCACCUGGUCAAUGGCUGGAAAGAAUACUGGGUUGACACUGUCGCUCAAAUUACCGCCUUACUUUGCGUAAUGCAUAUUAAAUUAUUUUCUACUUUUUAGUGGAUAAAAUUCUUGUCUUUUUAUUUUUUUUAUUUAAAACCUUGUUCAUUAUUUAGAUAAAAGAAUAGACAUUAAUAGUUUUAUUUCAUUUAAAAAUAUUUAUAAACAUAAACAAAUGAAAAUUUUGUUCACAGAGGAAAGCAGCCAAAGCAAUAUUAUGAACAAUUAUUCAAGAAUAUCAAUGGGUUAGUCUAAAUAAUACAAUAUAGUUUUCUUUUCAUCUCAUGUUCCUUUACCUAAUUGCACUCAAAUGUAUAAGUCAUCCUGAGUAUGUUCAUUAUUUAUAUUUUUGCAGAUAUAGCUUUGUUUCAUGAUAUUUAUAAUAAUGGGUAAUUUGGCCUGGUAUGGUAGAAUGUUUGCUGUAUAUUUAACCAAAAAAACUAAUUUCUAAAAGCCCAUUUAAUAUUUUGUUACUUUAAAUUAAAAUAUAGUAAAACUUCAUUUAAAGUAUAAACUCAAACCUUCCUAACCAGAGUGCUAUUCCCUGGUGGUGCUGCUGAUAUAAAUACAGGCCCAUAUUACCAAUCUGGACGAUAUCUUUAUGACUUGGCUAUUCAGGUAAACCAAGUGCAUUAUCAAUGUUGAUUUAAGUUAAUGGGCCCUUUGAAUCACCUGGUACAGUCUAUACAAACAUGAAUGGUUGGAGCUUAAAAUUUAUGGAAAAUUGAUAAAUCCUCCAAAAGUCUAAUAUUUGAAAUGUCACUAAUUGCAAAUUGCAAGAAUUUUCACUGUUUUAUAAAUGAUUAAUUUUUAUACAACAGGCUAAUGAUAAGGGAGACUAUUUUCCUAUUUGGGGGACUUGCCUUGGUUUUGAAUUAAUGACCAAACUGACUGCUAACAAGAACUACCUACAGAGAACAGAGACAAAAAUUCUUACACUGCCAUUAAGGUUUCAAAAAGGUAAUCAAUGUUUACGUAGUUUCUUGAAUCAAAAACAAAAAGAAUGAUGCAAAAAUUUAUCAUGGCUUUAAAAAAUUAUUAAAUUGUUCUUUUUUUCUGAUAAUGUGAAUGUAAUAUGAGAAUUUAACCACAAAAUCAUUGAUGAAUAUUACUUAUUAAGAUAAGAUAAGGUUAUUUUAUUGAUCCAAACAAUUGGAAAAGUUUUUUGAUUGCAUUGUAAAUUUUCAGCACAUAAAUAAAACAAUUUGAACACAAGACAUCUACAUUAAAUUAUUUCACUAGGGAAAAAAACAGCCAUAUCAGGGACUUAUGGGUUAAUCUAAUAUAAUAUCAAAUCAGAUUAUGACAAGAUUCACUUUUGAUUUAAUUUAAUAAAGCCUUAAGGCAUUAAAUAUAAUGAUUAAGUACAGAGAGAAAUUCUAUUUUUAAUAUUUUAUAGUGUUGCAGGAAUGAGGGAUAAGUUAAAGUGAAUAUAAUUUUUUUUUUUUUUUUGAGGUUUUCAGAAUAGUCGACUUUUCAAAGAUGUACCCUCAGAUUUGGUAAAAAUCUUAACCACAGAAUCAGUCACUCAAAAUAAUCAUAGGUGGAGUCUCCUGCUGGAAGUGAGUCAAAUAGAAAUGAAUAGUCUCAGAGAUUUUGGGGUUACUUUGUAUUUUUUUUGGAAAACAAAAAUUGUAAAGGAUGCUAGAGUUUUCACAUAGCUAUUUUACAAAUAAUCAUGACAUGAAUAUUUUUUUUAAACAUUCUAAUUAUUUAUGAGAUCUGAUGGCCUAGAAAUAUUAGUUUUAUUGUCAUGAAGUGUAUCUAAAAACUCUUUGAUGUUUUUAACACAAGUUUCAAUAUAACUACUUCAACCAAAUUUAUUUUAAAUUUUCCUUUAAAUUUCUUUUUUUUAUACAUUUAUCAGCCUGGAUGUAAUUAUAGAAAUUAUUCUUGCUAAAUUAUAAUUAAUCUGUAACUUUUGUAACAUUAUUCUGCUCAUGAUAUAUUUUCUCUCUAGGAUUACCAAAAGAUUUCAGUUCUAGGAAAUUUCUAUCAUUUACUAACAACCAGUGUUGGCAAAGAUAACAAAGAAUUUGUUUCAACCUUUGAAGGUAAUGUUAAAUGAUUAAGCUAUUUUUAACUUAAUUUUGAAUUAAAUUAAUUUGUUAUUGAAUUAAAUUCAUAAUGUUAUAAUGUAUUCUAUGGUGGGCUAUUGUACACAUACAAAUGUUAUCUUUCAUGCUCUGAUCUAAUUUCCCUUUCAGCAUUCAAGUACCCAUUUUAUGGUGUUCAAUGGCACCCGGAGAAAAAUAUUUUUAUCUGGGGAGAUAACCAGGCCAUUGACCAUAGCUUUGAUGCCAUCAAAGUCACCCAGUACUUUGCCAAUUUCUUUGUUAAUGAAGGUAAUUCAUUCUUACUGUCAUUCUAAAACAUGAUUUUUCCAGUAAAUAUCCAGAACUAACUUUACCAAUGACUUAAAAACAAUAGCAAUGAAUGUAAACUGAGUCAGUCCAGCCAUCCUUGUUACCAGAUGUCUUUGUUGAAUUACUUUCAGCAAUAACUUAAUCUAAAACAAAGGGAACGUUAACAGUAAAUCAAAAAAGUAAAUGUUUGGCCGGUACUGUAUUUAAUUCAAGCAAUUAUUUAAGUUUAAGAUUUGGUUUCAUUUAAUUAAUUUUAAAAAAUUGUUAUUUGAAACAAGUGGCAUUAGAGGACUGACAUAUUUUUCUAUUUUUCCAGCCAGAAAGAGUUCCCAUCAUUAUGACUCCAGUGUUGAAGAAGCUAAUGCAGUGAUUGAAAAUGCUAUGAGAGUUUUUGUCCCAGAUUUCAACACAUCUGAGAAAUUUUAUUUUAAUUAUACCAAUGAUUAUUUUGAUUAUAAGGGUACAGAUAAACUCGAGAAACUGAUAUUUACUUGAUGACCUUUUGAUUAGAUUUAUUUUA